CUCCCCUCCACGACGACACCGCGGGCUCCAGAGGAUCGGCAGCCGUGAACUUGAAGGCGUAAUCGGAAGAGGGAAGUCCCAGUCGGUCAAUUCUCGCGUAACCGACGACCAGCAAGGUGGAAAUCAAACUGCCAUUUGAAAGUUAUACACGCUGUAUUCCAUUUCUCACCUUCAAAUGCGAAAUGAAGUAGCGUGGACUGCAAGAAGCACGGGUGCCUAAGCAGUGCGCCGCAAUGUUCACCAUCCUCCAAAUCAGCCAGGUUUCAGCUGUCUUGAGACGCAACAUUUGCAACGCACGCCGGAUGUUUCAGACACAACGUUAUACCGACCACUGCACCUGUAUUUCUGCAGACCAUCCUGAAGCCUACGACCCAAUAUUGUAGGCAAGAGUAUUUUACGCGGCAUUUUAUCAUGUUACAUUUGACCUGUGUAGUUUCUCUUCUUGCGUAGUUUGUAAAUCAUUUUGUGUGCGCAGUUUCUUGAGUUCUUUCCCGUAUGCGAGCAUUGUCUUUGCACCAUGUCACGCCUUCGACACCAGGCUAGACAGCGGCAGUAAUCACGCAGGUCCGCUCUGCGGCGCCGGCCGUCAGCCCCGUCCCGGUGGCGUCUGCUCUACGCGUCCUCGGAGGCUCAUCAGCGGCCUCCUAACAGGUGUGACCUCCGCGGCUAUCAUCGAGUGAAGAACGCAACGCAUCGUUCGGAGGCUUGCAGUCUCUCUCGCUCUCCCGCGCGCGCCAGCUCGCCCCCUCCCCGCGCUGGGACCGCCCUCUGGCGCGCCGGAGCCAACCCCCAGGCUGGCCCGGGCGUGCCUCCCCACUCCCCCACCGGCCCGCGCCGCUCCCCGCCCCACCCCCCGCCCGCCCCCGGCCUCCCCGCGCGGAGCAAUCGUGGUCCCCGAGGCGGGCGCGCCGUCCGGGCCGGCCAGGCCUCUCAGAGACCGUUGAGGCUUCCCCAGCGGCAGAGGUCGAGGCGCAGAGCGGACGACGCAGCCGUGCCGAGUCGAGCCGAGUCGAGCCGAGCCGGGCCGAGCCGAGCCGAGCCGGGGCACCCCGCGGAGCCAUCAGGACUGCCCCCGGGAGACCUGCCCGCAGGGCACGCCGUCAGGGCACGUCGUCAGCGAAGGGGCCGAGACCCGGACACCAGCUGUUGAUUCGUGAUCGUGUCCACGUGCGCGUUCGUGUGCUUCCGUGUUGUGUCGCCGCGAGUGAAGUGUGUUGUUCUUGGUGGCGGUGACUGACACCGCCGCCGCCCAUCGACGCCGUCCUCGGCGUCGCCCGUCCUCCCCCCCUGUGGUGUCACCGGCCCCACGACGAGGUCCGACGAGAGUUUCGCCACGGCCUCGCCCUGGCCCGGCAUGGAGCUGGAGCCGGUGUGGGGCCGCAAGCUGUACCCGGGGGCCGCGUCGCAGGGCCUCAUGUUCGGCCUCGACGCGCACCCCCACCCGCACCCGCACCACCACCGAGCGCUCAAGGAGGAGCCCCUCACCACCAGCCAGCUGCGCGCGUGGAUGCAUCAGCCCGCGCCCGUCGACCACGGCAGCCUUGGCCUGAGCAGAGCGCACUUCGAGAAGCAGCCUCCGAGCAACCUCCGCAAGUCCAAUUUCUUCCACUUCGUUAUCGCCCUGUACGACCGAAGUGGGCAGCCCGUAGAAAUAGAACGAACGGCCUUUAUUGGCUUCAUAGAGAAGGACCAGGUAAGCCACGAAGCUGAUGAAACUAAGACAAACAAUGGCAUUCACUAUAGACUUCAACUGCUGUAUGCAAAUGGCGUACGGCAAGAACAAGACAUCUACGUUCGACUUAUCGACGCUGUCACAAAACAGGCGAUUGUGUACGAAGGCCAGGACAAGAACCCCGAGAUGUGCCGCGUACUUCUUACACACGAAGUCAUGUGCAGUCGGUGUUGCGACAAAAAGAGCUGCGGCAACAGGAACGAGACCCCAUCAGACCCCGUAAUCAUCGACCGAUUCUUCCUCAAGUUCUUCCUCAAGUGCAAUCAGAACUGUCUAAAGAACGCCGGCAACCCCAGAGACAUGAGGAGAUUCCAAGUGGUGAUCUCAACGCAGGUCAGCGUGGACGGCCCGCUCCUGGCCGUGUCGGACAACAUGUUCGUCCACAACAACUCCAAGCACGGGCGGCGGGCGAAGCGGCUGGACCCCUCGGACGGUGAGCACACAGGCCUGUACCCGCCGCUGCCGGUGGCCACGCCCUGCAUCAAGGCCAUCAGCCCGGCCGAGGGCUGGACCAGCGGGGGCGCCACCGUCAUCAUCAUCGGCGAGAACUUCUUCGACGGGCUGCAGGUCGUGUUCGGCACCAUGCUCGUCUGGAGCGAGCUGGUGACGUCCAACGCCAUCCGGGUCCAGACCCCUCCGCGCCACAUCCCUGGCGUCGUGGAAGUCACCCUGUCGUAUAAAUCAAAACAGUUCUGCAAGGGUGCUCCGGGCAGAUUCGUCUAUGUCUCGUUGAACGAGCCCACCAUCGACUACGGGUUCCAGAGGCUGCAGAAGCUCAUUCCCAGACACCCAGGCGACCCCGACAAACUACCAAAGGAGAUCAUCCUGAAGCGGGCCGCCGACCUGGCCGAGGCGCUCUACAGCAUGCCGAGGAACAACCUGUCGCUGUCGGCGCCGCCUCGCUCCCCGAGCAGCAUGCCCUCCAGCAACGGCAUGGCGUCCGGCUUCAACUCGUACUCGGGCCAGCUCGCCGUCAGCGUCCAGGACACCAGCGGACACGGUCAGUGGAACGAAGACGAUUACGGAGGGGGCGGCCGCGGGCAGGGCUCGAGCGCGGCCUCCACGCCGCACUCCACGACGGGCGGCACGGGGGCCGUGGGGGCGGCGGGGGCCACCGCGGCGGCGGCCUCGACGUACGCGGCGGCUCCGGGGGCGGGCGCGGCGGCCGGCGCCGCCAUGGGCACCGCCAUGGCGGCCGUCACCCCCGGCUACGCCAGCGCGUCCACGCCCCAGCUCACCAACCUGGGCUGUCCCUCCACCGGGCUGUUCGGCGCGUCCACCAAAAUGGGCAGCUUCUUCUCGUCGUCAUUCUCCUCCAUGAACCCCUUCACUCUGCAGACAUAAGCUGGCUACACCGGGAUUCACCUGCCCUAUGAAGGUUAAUACAUCUCUGACGUUUGUUUUAUUAGAGGAAAUUCUAUCAAAGUUUUGGACUAAAAUAAAGUCAUGUGGUUAAAAAUUAAAAAAAAGAAAUUGCUGUACAGUCUGUGAAUAUGCACACAUGGGGAAAUAUGUGUAUAGAAUUCUCUGUGCGUGAGUAGUCAUGGUACCUGUAUGAACUAAGUGGUAUCCAAUUGUGUGAUUAAGGAAAUGUUUAGUGCAGUUUUAUACGCAAAUUAUUAUUCCUUGCUAGUGAUGUAUAUUACCUUGUUACAUCCAUGGGUGAACAGGUAUACAAUUAGGUGAUGUGAACGUGAUGUAUUGUUAUUGUUAUUGUUGAGUUUUUUGAGAAAUAUUUCUCAACUUCUUUAUUGAGUACAAAUAUUUGUUUUAGUUAAAGUUAUUAUUUAUUUACUUAUUUCAAGAAGACACGUGAACUUAGAGAAAGAUUUGUGUUACUCAUUUCUUAAUGAAUGGUCAAAAAGCAAUGGUGCAAACUUUUCAAGAAACUCUGUGAAAAAUAUUUCCUUUUUAUUGUACUUAUGAUCAUAUCAAUCAAUUCCAGAAACAUUCUAAUGUAAAAACUAUGUAUUGUAUUCCUCUGCUGUUUUACUGCUAUUCUCUUUUUGUGAUGAAACCACAAAUCAUCCUUUAAGAUCCCUACACAUAUCUGUGACAUCAUAAAUUUAUUAUGUUAUGACAUCUUUUUUUGUAAAUAACUAUAUACAUAAAUAU